AUGCGCACAGCAAUACCAACAGCAGCAUUGUACGCUGUUUCGGCUGCAGCACCUCCUCGACCCGAUGCUUCCACACAGCAGCUAGUAAAUGGAAACGACUUCGGCCUUCCACGACGCAACGCGACUUACGACUAUGUCGUGGUCGGUGGUGGCACAGGAGGACUUGCGAUCGCGUAUCGCCUGGCUGAGGAUGGCACGAAGUCGGUGGCUGUGGUGGAAGCUGGAGGAUUUUACGAAAUCGAGAACGGCAACAUUUCAGUCGUGCCGGCUUACAACAUGGAGUACAAUUACAUCACGCCAGAUUCACAGUGGGACAAUCCUCUUGUCGAUUGGGGUUUCCUGACUACGCCACAGGCCGGCGGUAUGAAUCAGCAGUUUCACUAUGGCAGAGGAAAGAUGCUGGGAGGAUGUUCUGCCGAGAAUGCCAUGAACUACAACCGACCAACUGUCGGCACCCUCCAGGCAUGGGCUGAAGCAGUCGACGAUGACUCGUACUCGUGGGACAACUUCCUCCCAUACUUCCAAUCCUCUAUCGACUAUACUGCCGCCAACACUUCACUCCGUGCACCAAACUCUACAGUGCCUAUGAUCAAAGGCGAGAUUGGCUCUGCGCCACUUCAAGUCUCCUACCCACACUGGGCCUCGCCAAUGUCUUCGUGGGCACAACUUGCGUUCCGUGAACUUGGCAUUGAAGACACAGACGACCAGAUCAGUGGUGAUCUAAUUGGAUCUCAAUACAACACCUUGACCAUCAAUCCGAAGGAUCAAUCGAGAAGCUCUUCGCAAUCAGGCUAUCUGGAUGCAGCACUUCACAGCCGUAGAACAAACCUCAAAGUCUACACCCACACCCUGGCCAAACAGAUCAUGUUCAAUCCCAACAAGACCGCGACCAGUGUGCGAGUCCAAAGUGGCGCAUUACCGACGUCGUACUUUCUAAACGCUAGACGAGAAGUCAUCCUGUCUGCCGGCGCCUUCCAAUCCCCACAGCUACUCAUGGUCAGUGGCAUUGGCCCGGCCUCACAACUUGAGCAGCACAACAUCUCGGUAAUCGCCGAUCUACCAGGUGUUGGGCAGAACAUGUGGGACCACGUGGUCUUGAGCGUAGGACGCCAGGUAGGCGUCGAGACCUACGGACGUCUUAUGAAUCAGACUGCGGCAAGGAAAGCAGAAGCAGACUAUGCCAGUCCACCACAUACCGGCAUCUUGACAAACGACCAGUCUGACUACCUUGGCUGGGAGAAGAUUCCAGCUUCGUAUCGAUCGAACUUCACUGCCGCCACAGCCUCGGCCCUCGACGAGACCUUCCCGCGAGACUGGCCCGAAGUCGAGUACGAGAUCUCCAUAUCACCAUUCGGGACACCCUCAUUCUCCACGCCCGAGGAUCCAAUCGAUGUAGGCUACAUCCAGCCUGUCCUCAUCGCACCGCUAUCGCGUGGCAAUGUCUCGAUCUCCAGCGCGGACAUGUCCGACCCGCCCAUCAUCAACCCCAACUGGCUUACAGACCCCGUCGACCAAGAGGUCGCCAUCGCAGCUUUCAAGCGAGGAAGAGCUUUCUUCAAUACUUCCGCCAUUGCACCCAUCCUCAUCGGAGACGAGCUCACGCCUGGUCAGGACUUGCCUGAGGGUAGUAGUGAUGCGGAAAUUCUGUCGUACCUGCAGCAGAACAUCGGAUUCAAUUGGCACGCGAGCUGUACGUGCAAGAUGGGCAGGGAGCAUGAUCCGAUGGCGGUUGUGGACUCUCGCGCGAGGGUGAUGGGGGUGCAGAGGUUGAGAGUAGUAGAUGCCAGCUCGUUCGCUUUGCUGCCACCGGGACAUCCGCAGGCGACGGUGUAUGCAUUGGCUGAGAAACUUGCUGCGGAUAUUCUGGCUGGUCGAUGA